AUGGUGUCCCCUCAAGUUACAAAUUUGGCGAUCAUCGUCGUGAUGAUGCAGGUGUCCAAAAAGGUUCCCUUUGACGAUCCCGAUGUUCUACUUCUUGUCCGUGGUCUUUACAUCUUGUCCAACGUGAUCAUCCUGAGCCUGUAUCUUUACACGCAAGCUCAAAUCACUAAGAAAAAUGACCUUACCACGUUGAAGUACGUCGAGCCCGCUCCUCUCGGAAGCGGCGAGGAGCCCCGCCCUGUCACGACCACCAACAUGGACUACGACAAGGGUCAGUUCCGUCAGCUUAUCAAGAGCCAGUUUAUGGGCGUUGGUAUGAUGGCCGUGAUGCACUUGUACUUCAACUACACCAACCCCCUUUUGAUCCAGUCGAUCAUCCCUCUCAAGGGCGCUUUUGAAUCGAACCUGGUGAAGAUUCAUGUCUUUGGAAAGCCCGCCACUGGCGAUCUCCAGCGGCCCUUCAAGGCUGGAAACAGCUUCCUCAGCCAGGGCCAGCCCAAGACCGACAAGGCUUCUCUCGAGAACGCCGAGAAGAACUGGAGGGGCGGUGUCAAGGAGGAGUAA